AUGAGCAGAUCCAAUCUUGCACUUUGGACAGCAGCAACAGCUGUCACCACGGCCGUGGUUACUGCCACUGUCAUUGAAGCCGCAAGAUACUAUUUUUUGUCCUCGGGGCCAAAAACACCAGUUGCUCGCUCAAAAGAAUUCACAGACACCGUUCCUAACUACUCUGAGGAGCUGAUCAGAGAACAGCUUGCAAGAAACUACGUUUUUCUUGGAGAAGAAGGGAUGAAGAAAGUGCGAGACCAAUUUGUGGUUGUUGUUGGAGCAGGUGGAGUUGGAUCCAACUGUGUCACUGCUCUGGUUCGGUCUGGAGUUUCCAAAGUCAGAAUUAUUGACUUUGACCAGGUGACCCUUUCAUCUCUCAACAGACACUCGGUGGCUAUUGGUAGAGAUGUGGGAACGUCCAAGGUUGAUUGUUUGCGCAGACACUUGCUCCAAAUUGCGCCUUGGUGUGAGAUCGAGGCAAUUAAUACGCUCUUCAACCUUGAGAACGCAGAAUCGCUACUACUGAAAGACAGUCCUACAUACGUUGUGGACUGUAUUGAUAACAUCGAUACCAAGGUGGAUUUGUUGAGCUUCUGUCACAGCAAGGGCAUUCAGGUGAUUUCGUCUAUGGGAGCAGCCUGCAAGAGCGAUUCGACAAGGGUCAAUGUGGCAGACAUCUCUGCUUCGGACGAAGAUCCGUUGGCACGGUCUGUUAGACGGAGAUUGAAGAAAAGAGGAAUCAUCAACGGCAUUCCAUGUGUUUUCUCAAGCGAGAAGCCCGACCCUCGUAAAGCAAGCUUGCUACCACUUCCAGAUGAGGAGUUCGAGAAGGGCCAUGUUGACCAGCUGAGUGCGUUGCAGAAUUUCCGUGUUCGUAUUCUUCCUGUGUUGGGCACAAUGCCUGCCAUGUUUGGUCUCACCAUUGCAACUUACAUUGUGACCACUGUUUCUGGCUACCCUGUGGAGCCGAUCGAGGGAAAGAACAGAAUAAAGGUGUACGACGGAAUCUUGCAGAGUUUGGCUGGACAACAGUCUAGACUCGGGGAGAAGGACCAGCGCGUGCAAAUCUCUCUGAGCGACGUGAACUACAUUCUCGAGGAGGUUUUCCGUGGAAAGUCUCCGAUCAGCGGGUUUUCCACGAGAUUGGCACUUUCCAGAUGGAAAAGAGAAGAACCAUUGUCGCUCCAAAACGUGGUGAUCAUGACCAAGGAGGAACAAAAAGUCCACGAGGACCGUGUUCUUCUUGGAGGAGAGUCUUUGGAGACGGUUUACCCGCCAGCCGUUCUUGAGCUUGUGGAAAAACGGUUCCGUGAAGAAAAGUACUACUCCGAGUUCCGGUAA